UGCCGGGAGCAGCCCCAACCAUGCGCCCGCCGCCCCGCCGGCUUCAGCCCCGGAGCAGGGCAUCCUCGGGUCAUCUUGGAAAGGGGGAAAGAAUGACAAUGAUGGAUCCCCAGUACCAUUCUUGGAUCUUUGUCAAUGAGAGGACAUUCAUAACCAGGGAACAACUUAACUCUUUACUGGAGGCCUAUAAUGUUUUCUAUGAAAACCAGAAAAAUCUGCAUAUUUUGUAUGGACAGACUGAAGACGGACAACUGAUUGUCGAAGGGAUGCUGGACAUUUUCUGGGGAGUGAAACGACCCAUACAGCUGAAAAUACAAGAUGAGAAGCAAAUCUCUUCUUUUGAUCUGUUGAAGGCAACAGAAACAUUUUCCAGGAAAGGGAGGAUGACUCGCUGGGGAGAGUUUGAUGACCUUUAUCGUAUCAGUGAGCUGGACAAGAGCCAAGUCUUGCUGUCUGAAGGAAGGCAUUCCUCAGAAGAAUAUUUAUCUUAUCACAGCACUCUGAAGCCAUAUGAAGAGGAAGAGCCGGAAUCCCCACUGCUCUAUAGGACCAUGAGUGAAGCGGCUUUGGUGAGAAGGAGGGCGAAGGCUCCAGUCACGUACAGAAAAGACAGACAGAGCCAUAGAGCCUCUAUCAAUGGACACUUUUAUAACCACGAGACAUCCAUUUUCACCCCAACCUUCGGAUCAGAAACCAAGGUCAGAACAAACAGCACUAUGAGAACUGAAGAAGUAAUAAAGCAACUUCUCCAAAAGUUCAAGAUUGAGAAUAGCCCUCGGGAUUUUGCUCUUUAUAUUAUUUUUGGAACAGGAGAGCAGAGAAAACUAAAGAAGAGUGAUGUCCCACUGCUGCAGAGGCUUCUGCAAGGCCCAUCCAAAAGCAAUGCACGGAUCUUCCUCAUGGAUAAAGACACAGAAGAAAUUAGCAGUGAUGUGGCGCAGUACAUUAAUUUCCACUUUUCGUUCUUGGAAUCCAUUCUCCAAAGAUUAGAUGAAGAAGAGAAAAGGGAGACUGAGAGAAUAAUGACGAAAUUCAGAACCGAAAGGGCCUUUAUCCUGAAGUGUCUUCAGAGUAAACAGGCAGCAAAAACAGAGACCACAGUCUAGAAGCACAGCACCUGCGCUGACUAGAACACCUCAGCAGAACUGGAGAGGGCACCGUCGGGUGAGCGACCCAUCUGCCUCUGCAUUCUGGUAUUCAGGACCUGGAAGCUGAAAAAAAAAACUGAAUGCCAAACAGCCUGCUUCCUCUUUGAAAUGAGGUUGGCUGUGGUUCAGAGUUGAACUAAGGCAAGAUUGGACUUCAUUUCAGUAACUGAAGGAAGUUGGAUACUGUGUAUUCCAAAUAGCAUUUAUAGCAAAUUCUUUAGUGAGCUCAAGUUUAAGCGGCCUCUGCUGAUACCAUGCAGUUUAAACUUUCUUAUCUGAAAAGAACAGAGACAUUUGCUGACUCAUCAGAGGUUGGAAAUAAAUACUUCCAGUCCUUGCUGUCAACAAGACACACAUUCUCAAGCCAUCGAGGACCUGAACUGACUAUGUUUCAUAACUGGGUAAACACUUAAGUGCUUUCCUAAAAUUUAGAGACAUCUCUAC